AUGCUGGGCUUCGGCGGGGCUUUCACGGACUCUGCAGCCAUCAACGUUUUCAAACUAUCGGCCAAGCUGCAAGACAUGGCCCUGGACCAGUACUUUGGGAAGAGUGGCCUGGAGUUCAACGUCGCUCGCGUGCCGAUCGGAUCAACGGACUUUUCGACGAGCACGUAUACCUACAACGAGAAGAUCGACGACUUUAAGAUGGCCAACUUCACGGCGGACAAGGCGCCACACUCGAACAAAAUCGACAUGAUCCAGCGCGCGCUCAACAUGACCACGUUAAAGUUGUUUGCUUCAUCGUGGGCGCCCCCGCUCUGGAUGACAAACGGAGACUCAGUCGUCGACUGCACGAUCAAGGGCAAACCUGGCGAGGAGUACUGGGAGGCGCUGGCACUGUACUAUUCCAAGUUCUUCGACGCCUACAAGAAAGAGGGAAUCGACUUCUGGCCCAUGACUGUCCAGAAUGAGCCCGAAAAGCCUCCUCUUGCUGUGUCUCAAUGGCAAAUACUGCGCAUGACUGCGGAGGAGGAGAGACACUUCAUCAAGCUGAACCUCAGCCCCAUGAUGGCCAAAAACCACCCAGACUUGAAAAUCAUGGCGAAUGAUGACCAGAAACCUGGAAUAUGGAUCGCGCGGCGCCCGUGCGAGGGGUAUCUGCCUUCACUCGUUGGCACGGGUAAGGGCCCCUCUCUCGAUGACCCUGACAAGGCCUGGAAGCGAGCGCAAAACUACGCGCGCGACAUCAUCGAGGACAUCAACAACAUGGUUGCGGGCUGGGUCGACUGGAAUUUGUUCCUGGACACAGACGGCGGCCCGAACUGGGCGAAGAACAUGGUGGACGCACCGAUUCUUGUGUAUGAGCAGAAUGGCGCCGAGUUCUACAAGCAGCCGACGUAUUACAUCAUGGGCCACUUCUCCAAGUUCGUGCCACCGGGGUCGAAGCGCAUCGAGUUCCCGAAGACGGAGACGCUGGACGACUUCCACCAUUGCGCUUUCGUAACACCAAACAACCAGGUUGUGAUGCAGUUCCUGAACCGUGACAGCUCUGAGGUCACAGUCAGUGUGAAGCAGACGGACUCCAACACGUUCACGCUGACGUUGCCGGCGAACUCGAUGCAAACAGUGAUCCUGCCGUCAUCCGAGGACACCAAAAUCUUAGGUUACGCCAUUCGUGAAGCAGCGUGGGCGCGCACUGAGCAGCAAACGACGAACGCAUCCCGCAGCAAGUCUUCUCAACUACUAGGGGCCUAG